AUGCGUCCCCACAACGUCCUCGUUCUGACGGCGUGUGGGCUGGCUCUUACUCUAUGGACUGACUGCGGAUCGGGAUACUUCAAGGAUGGUUCCUCGUGCAGGAAAUGCGAGGAUGGCGUCGAUGUACACUGCGAGGACCAACUUUGUCACGGUAACGGAACCUGUGAAAGAUGUAAGCCCGGAUUCUAUGAAGACCGUUGCAGGACCACAUGCAGCACUCGUUGUCGUAACCAAACAUGUGACCGGAGUGGAACUUGUGGAUCCUGCAGAGUUGGAAACUUUGGGGACACGUGUCAGCGACGCUGCAGUUCCAACUGUGUGAAUCACACCUGUGAACAAAUAUCAGGAACGUGUAUCAAUGGCUGUGCCACAGGCUGGUACGGAGAUACAUGUGAUGUAAACUGUCCCGACCGAUGUGCCUCACCAUCCUGCCACAGAGACACCGGGUACUGUCCAUCUUGUGCACAGGGAUUCCAAGGCACCCACUGCAACGUCUCAUGUCCACAGUACUGUACGAAAUGUGAACAGUAUAGCGACAAAUGUCUCACUUGUCAACAAAAACAUUUCGGGGACAAGUGUGAACAAUUUUGUUCACCUGGUUGUAAAGGAGGAAUAUGCCGCCACGAAACUGGAAUAUGUUCACAAGGAUGUAUUGGAACAUUCUACGGCCAUUUCUGCAACAAUUCCUGCAGCGACCACUGUGUCAACAAAGCCUGUCAUACAGGAAGGACCGACGUAGAUACACCACAGUGUACUGACGGAUGUAGAGAUGGAUGGUGGGGGGACGACUGUGACAACACGUGUCCUCCUCACUGUGUGAAAUGUGACAGACAUCGUGGCCAGUGUCUGGCGUGUGAAGCCACGAGAUACGGCGAGAACUGUAACUUGACCUGUAACACUGCCUGCCUGAAGUCACAAUGUAACCUGACAGGAGAGUGUAUAAGCGGGUGUGAGAGCGGGCGUUACGGGAGCAGGUGUUCUGAAAGAUGUCCCCAGGUGUGCAACACGUGUCAACACGAUGGUGUCUGUGUUACGUGUGCUGAUGGCUGGAUGGGAGAACACUGUACUGAACCCAGCAGACCCCUGGCGCAGUUGCUGUGGGUUGUAAUUCCAUGUCUGCUGAUAGCCACUCUCAUCGUAAUGGCCGUUGUAGUCAUGCGGAGAAAUAGUCCCAGACAAACAAGGAAAGAAUGGAGACGAGUUCUUGGAGGACCAAACAGUGCCUCUUUAGUAUGCAUACUGAACCCAACAUAUGAAGCCUCUACAAACGGUUGUACAACCCCUGUGGACUUAGACGCCCUGGAUUUGGGCGAGGAAGAAGUAGCGCCCCCUUGUGUUGACGUCAGGAUAAGCGAUGGGCAAUGGUGUCCUCAUUCACACUCUCUAGCAUCCGGUGACGUCACUGACACUGCCCUUAUUGACCAAGUGUGGUCAACGGAAGUGAUGGUACACAAUCUCAGACAAUAUGUUGAAAACAUGAAGAGGGAUGGCGGCCUUACUUCCCAGUUUUAUAACCUGCCCCGUGGACAGCUAGGUCCCUGUACCCUAGCCGGAUUGCCAGAGAAUGUCUCCAAGAACAGAUACAGAAACAUACUACCGUAUGAUCACAGCAGAGUAAAACUUUCAUGCGCCCCGACUGUACCUGGUUCUGACUUUAUCAACGCCAAUUUUAUAAAUGGAUAUGGUGAACCGAAAGCAUUUGUUGCCACACAAGGCCCUUACGCAGCUGUGAUGGGGGAUUUCUGGAGAAUGAUAUGGGAAACUGAUGCCAGCAAAGUGAUAAUGCUGACCAACUUGGUGGAGAACAGAAAGGCAAAGUGUGAGAAGUACUGGCCCGACUACGGCCAACCAGGCACCAGCUAUGACGAUGUCCAUGUCCAGUGUGUGGCCCAGGAGGAUCUGAUGGACUACACAGUCAGGACGUUCAAUCUACACAGGGAAGGACAGCCACCGAGGACGCUGCAGCACUACCACUUCACAGCAUGGCCAGACAAGGGUGUUCCACUUGAAGUUAGGUCUCUUGUUGAGUUCUACAGGCUUGUCAGCAACUCCCCAUCUACAAGCCAUGGGCCAAAGGUCGUACACUGCAGUGCUGGGAUUGGCCGCACAGGAACCUUUAUUGCUCUGGACUAUUUGGUUGCACAAGCCAAGGAGAAAGGCGUCGUAGAUGCCUAUGAGUGUAUUGUCAAACUCCGGCACCAGCGUAUGGAUCUUAUCCAGACAAAGGAUCAGUACAUAUUUCUACACGAUGCUUUGAUCGAGGCCCUUCCCUCGUCUGACAGACCGACAAGAAGAAACCCGUGA